AAUCUUCUUCAUUCCAAAUGGAUAUCUGAUGCAACGUCGAUGUGCAGAGGCCACGGGAAAAGAAGAAUUGUGUGGAGCAGGAGUGGACUAUAUCUCCUUUACUGUUCGCAGUGGGCAAAGCAAAUUGGUGGAGUUCGACUCUGCCCUAAACAAAAAGUCCCAGCUAUAUGCACAUACUUUUCGAUCUCUCUGUGAAUUUAUAUAUAUGAGAUGAACUUGUCAGAAGCUUUCCAGUUUUCGUCUUCUGAUGAUUUCUUCUUCUCGAAGAAAUUGAGAGCUAGCCAUGGAAUUAGAAUUGGCCAAAGAAUAUAAAAAUGAGGGCAGCAACAGAGGCACGCGGAAGAACCGGGCGUCGGGGACGACGACGACCUCUUCCGCGUCGUCGGAGGAGUUCUCGAGCGGCGUCACGGAGGAGGAGGAGGAGGAAGAAGAGUACAUGGCCAAUUGCCUCAUGCUCCUCUCCCGCGGCCUGGUCGACGUCGGUACCGUGACCCCUGCGUCGCGCUGCCGAAGCGGAGGAUACGAGUGCAAGACCUGCAACAAGAGCUUUCCUUCGUUUCAGGCCCUCGGAGGCCACCGCGCCAGCCACAAGAAGACCAGGGCGGUGCCGGAAACGACCAUCGAACUGCGUUUACAAUCCGCGACCGGGACGGUGGCGGUUUCAGCACUGCUGGAUAGCAACAGGGUGAGACUCCACGAGUGCUCGAUAUGCGGCUCGAAGUUCUCGUCCGGCCAGGCGCUCGGCGGCCACAUGAGGCGGCACCGGCCGGUAGCAACCGCCACUGAGACGGCGCCGAAGACUAAGAAGGAACAAGUUCGUCUCUUUCCACUGGAUCUUAACCUUCCUGUACCUUUCGACGACGAUCCCUAGGAAAGAAUAUGAUUUCUUUAGAAUUCUUUUUCCUGUGUAAUCUGAAAUCAUUGCUUCAAUCAGUAGCUUCGCGGGUAGCGGGCUAUGUUUUCUCCACCACAGCAGAGAAAAAGUAGCGUAGCGUUGGAAUAAAUAAUGUUUUAUCGGAUAUUUAG